GCAUUUCUCUCUAUGGUUCGAGCUCGCUUGCCGCUCUGCGCCUGCGUGCUGCUAGUUCGAGUCCCCGUUUUCCCCCGCGCGUCCUCCUUGCCUUCAGCUCGUCCUGAGAGGUUCAUGGCGGCCUCCUCUGGGUCUGGGGACAGGAGCAAGGCCUUAGAGCUGCUGCGGGCCUUGCCCAGGGUCAGCCUCGCCAACCUACGGCCGAACGAUGGUGCCAGGCACCCGGAACGGAGACGACGUGGGUUGCAUGGAGGUGGGAAAUGUGGCCGAGGUCACAAAGGUCAAAGGCAAAGAGGGACCCGCCCUCGUUUAGGCUUUGAGGGAGGCCAAACUCCAUUUUAUCUGGUUAUUCCAAAAUACAGCUACAAUGACGGACACAGCCUCCGGUAUCAGUAUCCACCCCUCAGUCUCAAAAGACUGCAGUACUUGAUUGACUUAGGUAGAGUUGAUCCUACACAACCAAUAGAUCUAACACAGCUAGUAAAUGCAAGAGGUAUAACAAUACAACCACGAAAAAGAGAUUAUGGUGUUCAGUUGGUGGAGGAGGGUGCUGAUAUCUUCGCAGCAAAACUAAAUAUUGAAGUGCAGAUGGCAUCUGAGCUAGCCAUUGCUGCUGUUGAAAAAAAUGGUGGUGUUAUUACUACAGCUUUUUAUGACCCAAGGAGUUUGGAUGUUCUUUGCAAGCCAGUACCUUUUUUCCUACGAGGCAAACCAAUUCCAAAGCGGAUGCUUCCUCCUGAAGAUCUUGUUCGUUACUAUACAGAUCCUAGAAACCGUGGGUAUCUAGCAGAUCCAUCAAAGAUUCCAGAAGCCAGGUUGGAACUUGCUAGAAAAUAUGGUUAUGUCUUACCAGAUAUUUCAAAAGAUGAACUCUUUCAAAUGCUGAGCAAACGGAAGGACCCUAGACAGAUUUUCUUUGGCCUUGCUCCAGGUUGGAUAGUAAACAUGUCUGAAAAGAAAAUUCUAAAACCAACUGAUGAGAACUUGUUAAAAUAUUAUAGCUCAUAAAUGGUCAAAUUGGAGAUGACUGCUAAGAUUUACAAUAACUCAGUGUAUUAAAUAAAAACGUGUUUUUGUUUCCAGAUAAAGUGACAGUACAAAUAAAAUACUGACUGUACAAUG